UUUUCCUCGACAGAUCCUGCCGCAGUCUGUUCCCUCUCAACCACUCGUCUGCUCGCCUCCUCCCGCCGCCUUCGCCUUGCCUGUGUCGUCCUCCGCCCGGAGCCUUCGGGCGGCCCUCCGCCGUCGCCUGCCUCUCCACGCCUGGCCUCGAGGUAAAGCGUAUCGGGCCGAGCCUCCGGGCCCGGGCCCCAGCGCCCGCCCUCGUCCUCGCCCUGGUGGGUGUGGCCGCUCGGUCGCAGCACCCGGUCUCCCCUCGCCCGCCGCCGCCGCCGCCGCCGCCGCGUUUCACCUCUUCUCGCGGCCCUUAGCUCCCCACCCCCACCGCCUGAGCCCCGAGACCCCGACCUAGUCACGAUGGCCGAGGCGACAGGAAAUCUCAAUAGCCUUCGCAUGGCAAACGUAGCCUUGCGAGAAGAAUUAAAUGCCCUUCGCGGCGAGAAUGCCAGUUUGGGCCUUCAGCUUGGAAGAGCCCUAGCCGAGGUUAAUUCCUUGCGGGGCAAUGUCUCGAGCUUCAUCCGCUGGCCAGUGCCCAUAGUGCCUGUCCUGGCCGAGGACAACUUCGAGUUCCCGCUCAAUGAGAUGGACACCAUGUCCGAGGGAGAGGUGCCCUUCCUGUGCUGGCCUCCCCCGCGCACAGACUCCGAGUUUGUCUCGAAUGAUCUUUUGAUUAACGUGGUCCAAGACUAUACCACCCCUGAUGGGUCUGUGGAGCCUCCCCUGCCCCCCAGCCCGCCCCCUCAGGAGCUGCCUGCGCCGGCGCCAAAGGAGCCGCCCCCACAGCCCUUUCUGCCACCCCUGGAGCGGCCUGACAUAAAGCCCUUUUCGGGCAACCCAAUCUACCUGGCCCAGUUCCUGAUGCGGCUAGAGACCUUCAUAGCUGACCAUGAGGAUCAUUUCCCUGGGGGCGCCGAGCGGGUGGCCUUUCUGAUCUCCUUUUACGCUGGAGAUGCUAGGGACUGGGCGAUCUCGGUCACCCAGGAAGGAAGCUCCCUGCAUGCCAACUUCCCGCGCUUCGUGGAUGAAACCCGUAAGGAAUUCGGUGGCCACAUCCCCCCACGCAUGGCUAAAAGGGCCAUCUGCAAGCUCAAGCAGGGAGACUGUACCCUCGGCAGCUACGCCGAUGCUUUUCAGUACCUGGCCCAGUUCUUGGCUUGGGAUGACUUACGCCUCCAAAACCAGUUCCUCAAAGGCCUGUCGGAAUUCCUCCGAAAGGAGCUCUUAUGGUCAACUGAAAUGGCUGACCUGGAUGAGCUGAUUCUUGAAUGUGUGGAGAUAGAAAGAAAAGUGCGUGUCCCUAAGCCAGCCCCGGCCCCUGAGUUUCACGAUGUCGUUUUCUCUUAUGAUUCAAACCCUAAUGAGGAUGAGAUUGGAGGGGAAGAGCGCUACAGUGAGAAUGAGGAUGGAGAGGCAUGCAGGAGUGGGCUUUAUGACCAGCCAAAGCACAUGAGAGUUUCCAAGCAGGAGAUAAAGGAAGACGAGGACGAGGACGAGGAUGAGGAUGAGGAGAUGAGGAAGGAAGAGGAUGAGGAGGAGGAAGAGGAAGACUAUGAUGAGGAGAAUGAGGAGGAGGAGGAGGAAGAUGAAGAGGAGGAGGAAGAGGAGGAGGAGGAAGAGGAAAAGGACGAGGAAGAGGAGGAAGGGGAGGAGGAGGAAGAUGAGGAGGAGGAGGAUGAGGAUGAAGAGGAGGAUGAGGAUGAAGAGGAGGAUGAGGAAGAGGAGGAUGAGGAAGAAGAGGAGGAUGAGGAGAGUGAGCUGGAGGCACACUUUAUGGCUCACCAUCUUGAUCACAGCCACGACCACCUGCAGCACCUGAUACAGAUGGAGCAGCCUGUUCUUGUUGAUAAUUCAACCCAGACCAUUAGCUCUGCCUUAUACUAUCCUGAGAAUUAUGUGGAUGAGCCUCUUCCUAUACAGCCUAUCAGACGGAGGAACCAGAAUCGAAUUCCACUUCUGGAGGGCCUUCCAGGGGCCAACUCGCUGUUCUACAACUCGCCACCAAUGAUUCGUCGUGCCAAUCGCAUGGGGCAUCGCCAUGUUCGAAGACGCCCCCCAGUGCUGUUCCGCCUCACUCCGAGACAGGCAGGCAACCGAUCUCCUCAUGGCCGAAUUCGUGUGUGAGUGCCAGGACCACCUGGAACACACCCUUCUACUGCGUCCCCUGCCCCUGCUAUUGCUGCCACAUGUGCCCCAUCUAUUGACCAGUUCUUAAGGCAUUCCAGACCUGUAUAGCCCGAAGAAGACUUGCAGAAUUCCAGACUGUCUUGCAACCUGACCAGAGAGUGACAUAUGUCCAGCCAGGGCCACCUGGGGAAGGAAGGACAACAAUAGUUGUCCCAUUGCACAUACUCUGCUACUCAGUCCCGACACAGCUGAAGAGCAGGUUUCUGGGCCUGUCCCCAUAGAUGAACUGGUCACCCUUUCGUAUUCCUUUCUAGUUUUCCCCAGCCCUCACUCUCCUGUGUUUCUUCACCCUGUGAUUACAGUUUUAUCCUUUGAUUGGCUCACCAGGACUUCACCCAAUGCCUCACCAAUCUGCCCCAGUGAUUAAAAGGACAGGCUACACUGAACUCCUAAAGCCACUGAGGCCAUGUACUCAGUGAAACUGACGGUGAGCAGGAUGGCACCAAGAAAUGUACCUAGACGCCUAUGCUUAUUUUGUGCCAUACUCCAGCUAAAGGGCCUGCAAGAGGACCCCACACUUAGCCCAGCGGGCAGCUUGACUAAGAUUUGUCCCUGAUGGACUGGCAACCUGGUCCUUUCCCAGCACCUGAGUUUACCUUCCUCCAGAUUUCAGUAGCAGGCCCGUUGGACCAGCUUGGCCAAUUCUGGGGCUCUCUCCUCUCACUGCACCGGCCUGACAGCCCCUGCGGCAGAGUUCAACAUGUCAGCCUCCACCCCUUUUCUUGAUUUUUGCCUAAAGAGUAGGCAGCCAGGGGUUGGAAAUAGGAAGUGGAAGAGGUCACACAACUCAGUUUGACAUUCUAAGGAGGGGAUUUCUCCUUAGGGAUGGAGGUCUGCCCCCAUCGCCAGGCCUCAGACUGCAACCCAAGCCAAGGGUCUCUGCAGAUGACUUUCUGCCCUUGAACUUUCAGAGGAGGCCCACUAUGCUUUCCUUCCAGGACAGCCAGAGAGAAAGAGAGGAGAGAGGAAGACUGGCCUUGCAGAGACUGUACCCACUGCAGCCUCAUGGCUAGGACUUCCCUGUGGUCCUCACAAGGGAUCAGCCCCUGGCCUGCCACUGUGCAUCCAUUAAACACCAAGGCUGAAGGGUAUGACUGCCUCCAAGGCACUCUAAGAGACCUGCUGCUCACCCCGGGUCCAGAAAACACUGCUUUUGCAGUGAAAAGCACACAUUUACUAUGUUAGCUCUGGCCACAAAUUCCAGCCAAAUUGGCAGCUGGCCCAAACUGCCCCGGACACUGAACUUCUGUGUGGUGCCUGGCACCUGGGCAAGUGCAGCCAAAGUGUCUGUGGCCAGAGGGAAGAAAACAUAGUAAAAGAAGUUUCUGUUCCCUACUGGAGCGUGACAGGUAAUCUCAGCCCAGCCUUAGGAUAUUGAGCGUGGAGGCCAGGGGAAGGAAUUGGAGGAAGAGGAGUCCCAGCGAGACCCAGUCCUCAGACUGGUUUUGGGUGAGAUCUCUAUUCAUCAGUAAGAGGAGGGAGCUCCGGAAGAGGAACUGCUACUCUUCAAGGCUGUGGACUCCUUUGCUGAUGCUGACCCGCUGGCCCUGCCGCCCAUGUGCUGGUGAAGAAGUGCAAUGAACACGUCCCUUGCAGCCCCACUCCUGCGGAGCCAUCGGCACAGGCCCUGCCUGUUCUCACCGUGAGCUCGUGUAGCCUUGGCCAGGAGAAAACAGAGGAGCAGUGAGCUGCUUUUCAGGCCUCUGGGGCAGAGGGGGUUGGGCUUCCCUUUGACCCUCUCCCAACUUUCCCAGAUCUUCAAUAUCUGUUGUGAUGUGACAGCCACAUGAGCUGUAAUAACCGUGGGCUUUGGGUGCCUCCUCAUUAAGAGG